AUGUCAACACCCCAAAACGUCAGCAAGAACGUGAUCCUUUUGCCCCAAACCAACCAGUUAAGAGGGUUGUACUCUAUCAUCAGAGACCAGCUGACUAAGCGGGGCGACUUUGUGUUCUACUCGGACAGGAUCAUCAGACUCUUGGUGGAGGAGGGUCUCAACCAGUUGCCCGUGGAAGAAGCCAUCAUUGAAUGUCAUGGCGGACACAAGUACAAGGGAGCCAAGUUCUUGGGCAAAAUUUGUGGCGUCUCGAUUGUCAGAGCUGGAGAGUCAAUGGAAAUGGGCUUGAGAGACUGCUGCCGUUCGGUGAGAAUUGGUAAGAUCUUGAUUCAGAGAGACGAGGAGACAGCGUUGCCCAAGUUGUUCUAUGAAAAGCUCCCUGAGGACAUCAGUGAAAGAUACGUGUUUCUUUUGGACCCCAUGUUGGCCACAGGUGGUAGCGCCAUGAUGGCCGUGGAGGUGUUAUUGUCAAGAGGUGUGAGAAUGGACCGCAUUUUCUUCUUGAACUUGUUGGCAGCGCCAGAAGGUAUUAACGCAUUUCACGAGAAGUAUCCAGACGUGAGGAUCAUCACCGGCGGUAUCGACGAGAAGUUGGACGAUGACAAGUACAUAGUACCGGGCUUGGGUGACUUUGGUGAUAGAUACUAUUGCAUCUAG